AAAUGCACUUUUUGCAGAAGAAAGCACCUGCGAACGUGUGAAACAAAUAACGAUAUACACAAGAGGAAAGAUUUAUUUACAAGCGACCAUUAAAUGACUGCUGUGCUGAUAUUUGGACCUGGAAUAGAAGCACACAACUUGGAUUUAUGGAGAAACACAAUGGAUCACAAGUGCUACGGAGGGGAAAAGAGCCACGGGAGGAGAAGAUUAAAGUGCAGAGAGGGAGGGGGCGGCAAGUUAAGGAUUCUGGCAAAGUAUCGCCUCUCUGGUGUUUCUAAGGAAACGACAGUGCAGCACAUGUUUACAAAUCCGGUCAGAUGAACUUACCGGCUUGUAUCUGCGUGGAGAAGAGGAAAAUUACAGUCAGUACAACACAGAAUACAAGAGGGAAAGUCACCGGGGGAACACAAGCAAACCAAAAGAUGGUCACAUGACCCUGUGAGAGCUUGGGAGAAGUGAAAACAGUCCUGUUACCAUGGAUAUUGCUGGACGCAACUCGAGCCUGUACAUUGUUGAGUGUGUGAGAGAGUUGGGGUGUCUGAGGGGACUCCCAAGUUUAACCAUUCAGUCAAACAGAAACUAGAGUAACAGAUCAGAGAGUAACAGAGUGCAGGGAGGAGCCUGCAGCAAGAGUCGCUUGUCUGUAACUCCCGACCCUCCCAGAGGCUUGAUCAGAGAAGACCCUGUACGCAGAGAUAGGAGGUUAGGACCAUGACUUGUGACAAAGUGCAAUGUGUAUGGCGAGAGCGACUGCAGCGUUGUCAGAGGCGGCUGAAGGACAAAGAGGAUGAGAUGGGUCGCCAGUGCCAAUACUUUGACCAAUUAAAAGGCCAGCUCCACCACAAGCUCUGCCUAGCGAGGGACAGAGAGGAGACCCUGCAGAAGCGCAUCUACACUUUAGAAAAGCAGCUACUGGACGUGACCGUGAGUGCGGCCACUGAUGUCGCAGCGUUGAGCGCGGUCCGAAUUGUGCCCCGCUUGACUGAAACACACUGGCAGGAGCCAGGUGCUAGAGAAGAGUGUGAAGGUGAAGAAGAGAAAAAUGAAGGCAGAAGGAGGCAAUGGCAGCCAAAUGAUGGAGGAGAGCGAGAUGGAAAGAAGGAGGGGGACAUCGGAACAGCUGAAAAUGAAAAGCGGACAGACACCAAACUGAAUUCAAAUGAGGUCAGGUUGCAAGGUUUUAUCGUGACCCUGCAGGAGGAUCUCGGGGUGCUGCUGGAGAGAGAGGAACGUGGGCUUGCAGAGCAUAGGAAGUUGAUAGAGCAGCUGCAGGAGGCCCAGGAGAGCAGCCUUUUCCUCUGCUGCAAGGUGGAAGAGAUGAAGGUGGAGCUCCAAAAGCUGAACUUAUCUGAAAGUGCCCUGAUGAAGGAGGUGGAAGAGCUAAGAGUGGAAAACGACAAACUCAAACGUGACCUUAAGGAUUCAACGAAACAAACUCCCAGUCAGUCGUCUGCAAUCUCUGCUGAUGUUUGCUCUGCUGCCUCUGACACGAAUACAGUUGUACAUUGUCCAGAAGGAAGCUCUAAAAUGGUAUUGGGUUUGCACAAUGCAGUUUCAGCUGUCCACCACCAGGCUGCAGCAGCGACCUCCAACAGUGCCACCCAAGCUCCCACGAUUACUGCCAAACAUGAGCCUCCGUAUGCAUCUAAAAAUGACUCCCGAAGCGUUUUUUCUCACCUCAGUCGCCAAACCCUCAACUUGGCUUCAGAGACAAAAGAGGAAUGGGGCGGCGAGGGGGGCUUCAAUGUGGAGGACACACACAGUGAAGAAUCUGAAGCCUUGAGGGUGGCAUACAGGAGCUUAGGUUUAGGUGAAGACCUCGAGGGUCUCAGAGAGCAAUGUGAACACCUGGAGGCCGCUCUUCAGCAAUCAAAGCAGCAGCUGCAGGUCAUGGUUCAGGAGAACGCGCAACUGAAACGACAACUCAGGAACCAAAGAGAGGAGAAGCAGUUUGCCGCAAGUUUAACCAGUCAUGAAGCUGAUGCUAUCCUGUCAUCUCCUGUCCAAGAAGAUGUCACCGACCGCGAUGGCCUUCUCCACGCUCUCAAUCAGGAGAACCGAGUCUUGGCUAUCCGUAUCGAGGAGCUGCUGACUCACAUUGGGCUCAAUGAGGAAGAAAUGAAGAGCGAGCGAUCUCAGCUGAGGGCAACUAUUUUGUAUCUGGAGGAAGACAAAGCCAAGCUGGAGCAGGUGAAACAAGAGCACGGUUGUCUCAUCACAGAACUCACCAGAAAGACUGAGGAUGAUCUCAAUACAAUCAUGGACCUGCGGCAGAAGUUAGAAGAGCAUCGUAAUAAACAAAAAAACAUCGGAAGGUGUCGAGAAAACCACCCAGAAGAAUGUUUGACAGAGAGCGUGGGAAUAGAGAAAGGUGGACUACAAUCGAUGUCAUGUCAACCACCAGAGAACGAGAAUACAUUUGUAAAGCCUAUUUACAAGCCACAAAGUUGUCUCCCGGUGAAGUCAGGUCGUGAUCAAGUGGAGCAGCUCACCACAUCCAUGCAGAGUCUGAAAGUUGAGCAAACACAAUUGUAUGGCCAUGUGGUGACUCUCAGAAAGGAACAGAGGGACGUAUCUCUGUCAGUCCAAACGCAAACUGAGGAGAAACAGCAUUUAACUCGGACAAUUUGGGCACUCAAAGAGGAAAAAGAUGGGAUCGCUCGAGCUCUGGAUGGUCUCAAGCAGGAGAGGGACCAAAUAAUCCGGGUCGUCAGUGGACUGAAGGAUGUGCAAGUUCGUCUUUCAAAGUCGGUGAGUGGUCUGAAAGAAAAGAAACUGAAGCUCAAUGAGUCUUUUCCGGUCCUUGAAGGAGAAAAAGAGAAAUUGUUAGAGUCGCUGUCAAGUGGAAAAGAGGACAUUGAACAAACGGCUCAGACAGUGCAACGUGUGGAGCGAGAGAAGGAACAAUUAAGUCAGAGAGUCCUGGCUUUGAAACUGGAAUCAGACAAACUUACAGAAUCUCUCCAAGAGUCAACACAUAAGAGUCAAGCAUGCCGCCAUUUACAAGGAGACGACGAGGGGCUGCUUGAGUCAAUGAAUAGUUUGAAGGAUGAAAAAGAAAGAACUGAACAUUCAGUCAGAUGUUUGAAACAGGAAGACGCACAGAUAAUGAAAUUACUUCAGUCUCAAAGAGAACAAAUGAGCGGCCAACAAACUGGUCCUCACAGCCACACGCAAUACAACACAUCAAACUGGAAGAAGACUAAAGACGAAAACAAACUAAAUGGAACAAACUUCGCCGACAGCACUAUGCAGGAACCAAGUGAGCUGGUGGGAGAGAUCGAAGUUGUCAGAGGAGAACUGAAGCAGUCCCAAGAAGUCGAACAAAGGCACGCAGAGAUUACAGAUUGGCAGACCACAGAGCUACGCAUGCAGUUGAGUCAGUCAGAAGUCAGAAGGCAAAAUGCAGAGAGGAAAGCAUCCCUAGCAGGUGAUGAGGUGAAGAGACUGACCGAGUUCAUCAAUCAGACAGACAACAUCCGUCAGGAAAAUGGACACCUAACCACGCAGGUGGAAGAGUUACAAAGCAAAGUGUCCGCCCUGGUCAAGGAAAAGGCCGCAAUUACGUUACUGAAGUCAGAAAUUGAGGACCAACACAAGAUCCUCGCGGCUCAGCUCAAAGCCAAGACGGUAGCUCUGGAGGAGCUGAACUUGGAGUAUAUUGCUCUAAAAAAAGGGCGGGACAACAAAGAUGACAUGAGCGCGCUCGUGUCCCUCCGCACACGGUACGAUGAAGUCCGAGCCAAGUAUGAUGCUCUCCAGAAAACAAAGAGCCAGACCCAUGUGGAUUUGGUUCCUUUAAAGGCAAAGCUUUCUUGCCUGGUGCUGAAAUGUCAAGAGAGAAACGGCUUCUUGGCACAGGUGAUGAAAGACUUGCACAGGCACAGUGUUGUGGAUUCCAGACUGAGACAGCGCGCAGAUGAGCUGCUCAGAGACACGGUACUGAUCGACUACGCUGCUGCAUUCGCACCAGGAAGCUUUGCAAAAGGUCAAGACCUUGGGCUCACUCCAGGAUUUCUUUCCAAAUUCCACAACUACACAAGUGGACACACACAGAAUGAUUCCUACAACGACUGCAGAGACCAGGAAGGAACAAAACACCCUUUUUUGGAAGAGUCGAGAACAAAUGUCCCCGAUUUCUGUUGUGAUAUCUGGUGUGUGCCAGCUGUAAAAAGAAGCUGCAAAAAUGCCACCUCAGCUGUGCCAACUGUGGAAAAUCAGGCGCCACCAUCAUCCGAACAUGUGCCCGAAGUUCAGAGUACCGAACGAACCAUUGCAAAAGCGCUUUCUCUCUCUGCUGCCGGACCUGAAAAAAGAGCUUUGGAUAUAAGACCCGAGGCAUGUCUGGGCCCAUCAAACGGGCCUAUUCGGAAUCUUGCACCUCCAUCCUUGAUCGGACAUGCCAGUGUGAGCAAGAAACUGAGCAGUCCUGAGAAGAUCAUUAACCUCCAAGAGCAGUUACAGCAGACUCUGCUGAGUCGCUGUGAGGUUGUGGUGGGCAGAGGAAGCGGAAGGCACUCCAGAAGAAUGUCAUUCUCAGCUCCUGCGUCACCGAACCUGUCUUCCCAGAAAAAGUUGCAUGGCCUCGAUGCCGGUGCUCCACCGAGUGGUCCCCUCUCAAGCAUGGCCAAGCACCCUUCAUUGGUGACAUCGCCACCUGUUGUGAAAAAUCAGCCUACAACACCACUUUUUAAUGCAGUCACCGCAAGAUGCGCUAGCAUGUCGUUCGCAUCUCACUUGUCGGCGAACCGUCAUUUUAAAGGCGACGUAUCCAUCACAAGCCCUGCUACUAACUCAAUGAUGAGCACUGCUGCCUCAAGCCAAACCAACUCGACCUCAAGCAGUGACUCCAACGUACCAACGCCCCCAAAACCGAAAAGACUAAUUUCUCCUGACGAGGCUAAUGCUGAGCAUUCCACUUCCUCAGCUUUAAUGACCUCUGAAACUACUGACUCCAGCGUCUUUGUGUGUUCUGACGCAAAUCCAAAAAGCACUGCCUCAGACACAAGUGCCCUGAUUGAAGCGACUGCUCACAAAGCUGAUGUUUUCAGCAGGGCAAUAAAACCUAAUGGUGCUGAUCCUUCUGUGUGCGACGGCCUCAAAUUCACUACAUGCAAGUCGCCUUCUGAGGGAUCAUCAAAUAAGUCCCAUGUUGCUCCAGAGAAGUUGAGAUCUUCAAGAUCCAAGCCAGACGCUCCAGCGGAGGUGCGCUUUGUGGAAGUCAUCAAACAAGUGGGUCAGAGCAGCCUCUUGAUUGGCUGGGAAAGGCCUCCUCUGGAUGAGCUGGGCUGCAGUCAUGGCACCUUUGUGUAUGGUUACAGGGUGUUGGUGAACGGGGACUUCUACAAGUCUGUGAUGAGCUCAGCAUGCACUAAGUGCGUCCUGGAAAAUGUGGAACCGAGUUCGCCGGUUCAGAUCGGCAUCCAAACACUGGGCUCCAAUGGGCUGACUUCAAACAGCGUACACACUGUGUAUCUGCCUCCACCUCGGACAGGUCAUCUCUGAAUCGCACUGACCUGGCUUCUUAUUUCUCGAUAUAAAAAUUUAUUGAUACUCGUGUCUUUUAAUUAAUCUGGUGUCGAACUGUAUACUGACAAUAAUUUGAUGACCUCGAACAGCAUCCGAGCAUCACAAGGGUAAUGGUGUCAUCGCAGUGGACCAGCUCAGGUCAACACACCAAGAUCACAUUAUCUUGACUGUCCAAUGAGCAUUUUGGGGACUUGUUGCGGGACACUGGACCUCAAAGUGAUAACUUGACUGGAAAAAAAAGGUGUAGGAUUCCUGCCACGGUUUGCGUAAACGCAGGUAACUAUCAAUGUCAGCAUUUCUAAUUGAAAGGGCCUUUUUGCGCUGGAAUACCACAAGAUUGGAUCACUUCUUUGCAAAUUCAAGCCACAUGUACACACUGCGCUCAACAAAGACGGACAUGGUGUGUCUUCAUAAUUCACUGAAAAGCUCUGCUGCUGCUGCCUCUGGAUGCUGUGACGCUCAAGAAUUUUUGUUGUUGUUGCUUUUUUUCUCCAAUGAAACCGACACAAACUGCAUCAUGUGCUGACAUGCUUCAACCUGAGUCUCUCGCCUUCAUUUUCCCCCAACAAGCCAAAUAUGAGCAAGGAUAUUGACCUCCAAAGACUAUGUUGCGGUGGACAUGAAACAGAAUCUACUUGAGUUUUUCAGUAUGUCUAAAAGAUUAACCAGAUGUCAUGUUUGCUCUCUACCAUCUUUGUUUCCUAAAAUUAACAUACACUAACAUGUCUUUGCCACUUCUAUACGGGUGUAAAGUAACCAUUGUACGGCAGAUGUAUUUUUCUAUCAACGAUGGAUAUUAUUGUUUAGCCAUUGACACCUUGCAACUGUACAGAGAAUAAAAGUAUGUCACAGAA